CAAAAACGAUCAGAACCUGUGAUCAACCCCUUCCACCGGCUCUGGUAUAAACGUUGGCAUAUUGGUUGGCCAGCUCCACCUUUCCCUUCCUUUGCUUCUUCACCUACUCACCGAGCAUGACCUGGUCAGAUGUACCAAUCUCGAUAGACCCGAUCAUUACUGACAACGUUUUCAUUGGAAAUCUCUCUGCCGCUCUAUCGACCGAUGUACGCAAGAAAUUUGGAAUAACACACAUUCUUUCAGUUUGCACCGAGUAUUCCUCCACAGACCAUAACCACCUCACUAUACCGGUCCAAGACUCGGAAUACGAAGAUCUCCUUAUACAUCUACCUCAGGGAUGCAGUUUCAUUCAAUCCGCUUUGGACCAAGGGGGAAAGGUCCUAGUUCAUUGCGCCAUGGGCGUCUCAAGAAGCCCCACUGUUGUCUGCGCUUACCUGAUGUCCACCCAACGGCUGUCUGCUCAUAGAGCAAUACAAUACGUACGAAAACGUCGACCAAAGAUCCACCCUAAUUAUGGAUUCAUGAAGCAGUUGAUUGCUUUCGGCGAGUGCCGUUACAAGCCCUCACGCACAAACAGCGAGUACAUCGCCUGGAAGCGCAGGCAAAGGCGUGAAGUAUCUAAAUACCUCGACCUGAUCGCCGACACCGUACCCGUGAUACCAGAUCAAUUAUACCUUAGUAGUGACUUCCCAGGAGAUCCUGAUGCUGCCGAAUCACUUCUCUUGGACUUGGGCAUGACACAUGUGCUUUCCAUCUCAUCUGCCCAGCUACCGAAGCCAGAUCUUCCUCUGUUCAAUCACUGUUUUAUUGAUAUCCCAAAUAAUGGUCGCGAAGCUUUGUUGCUUGAGCUUCCGACAGCAUGUAAAUUUAUUGGUGAUGCCAUUACCGGCGGUGGCCAGGUGCUUGUUCAGUGCCGCGUCGAGCUCAGAGCUUGUAUAGUAGUUUGUGCCUAUUUUAUGUUCACGCGUCAUGUAUCACCACGUCAAGCACUUGGACUUCUUGAAUCUGCGCUUCCACUGUAUAACGCGACAGACAAUUUCUACCGCCAUCUAGACCUUUUUGCAGCAUGCAAUUACGUCCCAACGCCUAACAACCCCCUUGUCCAAGCAUGGAUCUCAGGAGGCACGCAGGCUGGUAAGCCCUCCUUAAAAAAGAAAUCUGCCACCAAGACCAACACCGCUACACUGUCGCUUGCGACCACGACGACGACGCUUGCGACAGAGCCUAAAGUGUUCGAUUUAGCAGCGCUCAGCGAGGUGCUGGCACGGUUUCAGUCGACUUCGACGAGUGUGGGUGCUGCACGCGCAUAAUUCAUCAGCGCGCGCUGAUACUCUCGAAUUUACUGUUCGACAUGCUCGCUCAUUUCAUUAUACCCCUCUUUUAGUCCAUGAACAGUGCAUCUUGAUAAUCUCGUAUAUCAGUGUCUAUGCCUAAAUUGCGAAUCCAGUGUAUGUAAAACCCGAGGCCACAUAUAUCAUGAUCUAGCAUUUACAUGUACCAGUACAAAGCUGAGCACAAGACCUUCUACACUUCCUUCCUUGGUGUUGCGCGCGCGUCUGCACUCCUGCGCACUACUCACGCACCCUUCUUAUGUGAUACCUUCCUACUCCUCCCCGAACAUCCCUCUGCACCGUCCUGCAACAUCUCCCAGGCCCUUCGCAUGCUUCACUAGCCAUCACACCAUCCCUUGCCUUUCCCAAACCUCCAUACAACCACAAACUAACCGCAUCCC